GUGCACGUGCCCGCCGCGGAUUCCGAGCGCGGCCUCGGCGCGCGCCAGACCGCGAGGGGCCACCAGGUGCCGCAAUGACCGCGAGAGGACGCUCGACGUGCUGGGCGCGGGGGCGGCGCACGGCAUGGUCACGACCACCGCCAACGCGAAGGUCAUCCGCGCCCUGGCCAGCCAGGCCGCCGGCGCGCGCGUCGCCGGGCACGUGCCGCGCACGCUCACGGAGCAGAAGCAGGCCUCGCGCGCGGCGGCGGGCGGCCGCCGGCACCCGCUGGGGGCGGAGGAGCUGCAGGCCCUCUUCGGCGAGAUCCUCGGCGGACCCGCGCGCGCCGCGCCCUCGGGCGCGAGGAGCGAGGAGCGCCCCGCGGGCGCCGCCCCGGGCUCGGACGGCGGCGCCGCGGGCGGGGAGGGCGCGGCCGGGCGCUGCGCCUCCGCAGGGCGCUCCGCGAGCCCCUGCCCCCGAGUCGGGCGGCGGGUGCUGGCACCCCCGCGCGCCGCGCCACGCGCCGGCGAUGCCCCUGGCUGGGCCCAGCGCCGGGUCGGCCUCACGCGCGCGCUGGAGGCGGUGCACGACCGCUGCGCCGCCGGCGCGGAGCUCGCCGCCACGGCGCACAGGUGCCUCGAGGCCCUGGGGGCCGCCUGCUCCGGCGCCCUGUCCGGGCCGGAGUUCCGCAUGGCCCCGUUCGACUGGUCGCCCGAGGUGGUGUUGGAGCUGUUCGGCUCCUGCGAGCAGGGCACCGCGCUGCGCAGCUCGGACGUCGACGUGCGCAUGUCCUUCACGCAGUUCCACGUGACGGACAAGGAGAGGCAGCUGAGGUACCUGCGGGCGGUGGCGGCCUCCCCGGGGGACCGGUUCGAGGUCGUCCGCCUCAUCGAGGCCAGGCUGCCGGUGCUGCGCCUGCGCUUCCUGGAGGGG